UAUCAAAAAGACAAAGCUAAAUAACAAAAGACACUACUGUAGUGUAGUCAAUGUCUGGAACUGAGAAGUCCGAGAUUUAGUAGAGCCUUUACUAGAAGCUCCCUGCUCCUUUCAUCCCAGAUCCUUUUAGCUUCUCCCUAACGUACUUAAGCUACAUUUUCAUAGUUUAGUACUAUGUUUGUAUUUAUUUUAAUAUAAUAUGUGUACGUGGGCUAAAAUUGUACUAGAAUUAGUAUACUAAUUUUGGUUGGUGGGGCCAUGUUUUGGACAGUAAUAAUUAUGUAAUAAAUUGAAGGUUUAUUUGGGGAGUGUAGUUUUAGUUUCCAGUUUAGUUCUGUGGAGCUCUCUAGGAUUCUGUCUUUGGUUCUGUUUUGUGGGUCGUCAGUUUUUUCUUUGAAAAGUUUGGUAGUGGUUUCACAUUACGUUGUGACUUUCUAUAGGGCUUUGCUGAGGUUUUCUAGAUUCUUUGUGAAAGCAGAUUUCUUGGAUGCUGCAAUUAAGUUGAAGAUAAAGUUAGCCUGUCUAUGAGAACUUAAACAGCAUGGGUUUCUUUUGAACCUUGAUCAUCUUUCAAGGUUUGAGGCUACACUUACAUGAUACAAGCAGUCUUGCUAAAAGAAAGAAGACAGAUCUGCAGUGAGUCAAAAUUGUACUUUAUGGUGGAGCCAAGGAUGCUCAAACUGUGGCUUGGUAUAAUUAUAUUGUUCAUCACCUGUCUCUCCAUUGCAGCAGGAGCAUUUGUUGGUUUUAACAUUGGCACCGACCUUUCAAACCUACCAUCAGCAACUGAUGUGGUUGCCAUCUUAAAAGCCCAUCAAAUAACUCAUGUCCGCCUAUUUGAUGCUGAUGCUCACAUGUUGACUGCUCUCGCGGAUACUGGUAUUGAGGUCAUGGUUAGCGUCACAAACGAGGAGAUUCUGGGGAUUGGUCAAACUCCAUCUGUGGCAGCGGCCUGGGUGAAUAAGAAUGUUGCUGCUUUCGUUCCCUCAACCAAUAUUACAGCUAUUGCUGUGGGCAGUGAGGUUCUAACUACCAUUCCUAAUGCUGCCCGUAUUUUAGUUCCUGCCAUGAAUUAUCUUCAGAAAGCUUUGGUUGCUUCUAACUUAAAUGAUCAGAUUAAAGUUUCAACCCCACAAUCAAUGGAUGUAAUCCCUAGGCCCUUUCCUCCAUCAACUGCAGCAUUCAAUUCCACAUGGAACUCCACAAUUUUUCAGAUGCUUCAGUUUUUGAAAAAUACUAAUUCCUAUUACAUGUUGAAUGCCUAUCCUUAUUAUGGAUAUGUUAAUAGCAACGGCAUCUUUCCAAUUGAUUAUGCUCUUUUCCGACCACUUUCCUCAGUUAAAGAAAUUGUUGAUCCAAAUACCCUUUUGCAUUACGACAGCAUGUUUGAUGCUAUGGUGGAUGCUACCUAUAACUCCAUUGCAGCAUUCAAUAUCUCAGGCAUCCCGGUUGUUGUGACAGAAACUGGCUGGCCAUGGCUUGGCGGUGCCAACGAACAAGAUGCCACAGUAGAAAAUGCUGAAACUUUUAAUAAUAACUUAAUCCGGCGUGUAUCAAAUGACUCUGGUCCUCCUAGUCAGCCAGACAUUCCCAUAAACACUUAUAUCUAUGAAUUGUUCAAUGAGGACAAAAGGCCAGGGCCUAUUUCAGAGAGGAACUGGGGAAUCUUUUUUCCCAAUGGAAGCACGGUAUAUCCAAUUAGUUUAGGUAGUUCAGUUAAUGUCAGUACAAAUUCUUCAGGUGUAUUUUGCAUAGCUAAACAAGAUGCUGAUUCCAAGAAGCUGCAAAAUGGACUUAAUUAUGCUUGUGGACAAGGCCAGGGUAACUGCUCAGCCAUUCAGACAGGGCAGCCUUGUUAUUUCCCUGAUACUUUGCAAAAUCAUGCUUCUUAUGCCUAUAAUGAUUAUUAUCAGAAGAUGCACACCUUUGGUGGAACCUGUGACUUUGAUGGUACAGCAACAACUACAAGUCAAGAUCCAAGCUAUGGAUCCUGUAAAUUUACUGGAAGUUCAAGUACAAGUGGUCGUGGUCUAUUUCCACCUCCAGCAUUGGGACCUGUAGGUCCAUCCUCACAAGGCUCAAGCGUUCGAGCGUUCAGUUUUGGCUUUCUGUUGGUUGUAUUUUUGUCUGUGGUCAUGGCUGAUGUUAGUAUUUCCAUGAGUUUGUAGCAUCAUUAAGCACAGAAAUUGUACUUAGAUGACAAUGCAAGGGAAAAUUUAUCAAUUUUUGAGUGUGUAGAUGAUUGAUUGACAUAUUCUUUAUUUUGCACCAUCAAAUUGUUUUUCUAUGUUUAAGUGAUUCAGUUAUACUACAAACCAAGAGUGAA